CCAUGGAUCCAGCAAAAUUGGCAAAGCUCCAGGCUGCCGCUGCAGCGAAUAGGAUAGGUGGAAAGGGCACCGUGCGCCGCAAAGUCGUCCGAAAGGGCAAACCCGCCGCCGCCCAGGACGAUAAGAAACUGCAGGGGGCGCUCAAGAAGCUCAACGUGCAGCCCAUCUCUGGCGUGGAGGAGGUCAACAUGUUCCGGGAGGAUGGCAACGUUUUGCAUUUCACGGCCCCGAAAGUACACGCUGCCGUCUCUGCCAACACUUUUGCAAUCUACGGUGCCGGCCACGUAAAGGAGCUGACAGAGCUCGUCCCAGGGAUACUCAACCAGCUCGGCCCAGACUCCCUGGCCUCCCUACGAAAACUCGCAGAAUCAUACCAGGCCAUCCAACAACAACGUCCAGGGCAACCCGCAGAAGAGGACGACGACGACGACGUCCCAGACUUGGUGGAAAACUUUGACGAGGCUGCAAAGUUGGAUUAGUUUAUCCGUCGAUGUAAAAAAAACGCACACAUUCU